UUAAACGAGUAACCUUUCGUCUUUGGAGGAGAAUCAUUUGAAUAAUGAAUAAUGUAAAUCCGGAGGAGUUGGGAAGAAUCGUUGCCAAUGCCGUUGCAAGCUAUUUGCAGCCUAAUGUCGUUAACAGCGAAAGACCACAACGAAACGAAGGCAAUUCUACGGUUGACUCCGCGAGACAAUCUACCUCGAGUGCUACGGGUCAGCUUAGGAAUAUCUCCAGUGGGUCUUCCAAUGUGGCAAAUGUUAAAAGACCAACUCAAAUCAGAUUGCCUACCAGAUAUCAGACAACCUCAUUAACCCCUACAUCAAAUGCCCCCACAAAAAGACGGACUACCGGUGGUGUUGGGAAAAUAAAAACCUGGAGCAAAGAUGUCAUCUGCUUGCCUGGCUAUGGCAAUAAGGAAUUGACUGGUGCUGCACCAGUUUUUUUUUCAAUCCCCAGAGGGCCAGCUCGAGCUAAGCUCACUGAGGAUGGGCUUGUAGGAAAGAUCAGAAUUGUGUCUACUUGGACCCCAAGACAGGUUGCAAUAGAGCUAACAUCAAUCUUUGGAAAGCGUUUUGUUAUUGGAGAAAAUGGCCUAUUAGAGUAUAAUUAUUUGUCAAUGGUUCCAGGAACCAAGCGACUAAAAAUACCUAAUGUGUCCACAAGCUUUACCUGGAAUGGCCAGGAAGUAGCAUCACUUGCUGGACAAGGAUGUUUGUACAUUGUUGCAAAGUCAGAAUUAAUUAAAAAUGAUGAAGAUACAGAAUUGCAGGUUGAUUUAAGUGAUGAUGAACCUUCACAUGUACAGCCACAGAUACCAAAUUCUGAGAGGGAAACAAUUACCUCUGAUAGUAAACCAUCAUCUUCCUCAAGUAAUGAAAUUCUACAAAGAUUGGAAAUUGAUUUAUGGGGGUCUGCCUUAUCUCACAGAUCAUAUGUAUCCCUGCUUGAUGAUGAUUGUCUCAGCGAUGAUUCUGAUGAUAUUCUUUUGCAUGCAGCCUUGGAGGAAAGUCGAAGAGAAGUUGUUGUUCCAUGUCAGUCAAUUAAGGACAUUCUCAAAGCUCAUAUCAAUGAUGUAAUGUCCAAACAAGAAGGGAAGAAUUAUAUAAAUGUUCGACGAGCACAUGUCCUUGAAGAUAGUAUAGCCAAGAUUCGAAAGACGAAAUUUAACCCAAAACUUCCAAUCUCUGUGAAGUUCGCUGAUGACGAGGGAAACAGUGAGGGGGCAGUUGAUACAGGUGGCCCGACCAGAGAGUUUUUUCGCCUGUUAACAAAGGAAAUGUUCAGUAAAAGCAGCAUGUUUGGGGGAGCAGAUGGAAAUAAGGUGUUAAUUCACAAUAUCCAAGCCCGAGCUCAGGGAUUGUACAAGAGUUAUGGAAUGUUACUGUCGUUAUCGCUUUGUAAUGGUGGUAAUGCGUGUCAUUGCCUUAAUGAGAGUGUAUACGACUUUUUGGUAUAUGGUGAAGAUGGCAAAAUUCUACCAACUAUCGAUGACAUUCAUUAUCACGAAUCUAAGUCCAUCUUGUUAAAGGUUCUAGGAACAAAGACGGAAGAAGAGUUCCUCGAAUUAACCCAACAAGAUGAUUUCCUAGAUAUGUUGAGUGCUUGUGGUUAUUCCGCACGACCGUCCUUUGGUGAUAAAGAUAAGCUUCUGAGUAUGGUUGCUCGAUAUUUUGUAUUAGACAAACCCCGAAGUGCAUUAGAACAAUUUAAAGAAGGUCUGGAGACGCUUGCUAUCCUUGAUGCAAUGAAGAGAUAUCCAGAGGAGUUCAAAGGACUAUUUUGUUUCCAGGCAACUAAAUUGACUGCGCCUUUCAUGCAAACACUGUUUUCCAUAGCUUACAGUCCAAAUGGAAGUAAUUCUCGCGCAAAAGAGGAACUCAUUGUUAUGCACUGGAGAGACUUUCUCCAAGAUUGCGAAGCUGGGGAAGCAAGAGUCUCUUUAGAAGACGUGCUUAUUUUCGCAACGGGAGCAGGUGUGAUCCCUCCUUGUGGUUUUGAGCCACAAACGAGUGCAACAUUCUGGGAUGAUGUGCGACCACGUGGUAACACAUGUGCGAAUACAAUAUGUUUACCAACUUGGCCUACCAAAGAAAGUGUUUCCUUUGAAGAAUUCAAGGAUCUCUUUGAAGAUGGCAUAUUAAACUCCCCAGGUUUUCAACGAGCAUAAUACAAACAGUAAAAGCUUUACCACUUACUGUCUUACUACAGGGUGUCCCAAAA